AUCAAAUGGAAAGUACCUAAAAAUUGUACAGUGCUUGAGUAAAUAUAUUUAUUUUCACUAAGUGAAAACUUGAGCACCCCUAUCCUUAUUUGCCCGUUCGUGUGGGAGGGUGCUUCCCCUUUCUGGGUGGAGUCCUGCCUCUGCCUCAGAGGACUAAAAGAAAAUGAUUAAGUGGAUCAGCUUGUAUUUGAUGUGAUACAGCAGUACUGGGGAAUUUUUUAACUUUGACACCUCACACUUUGAUGAGAAUGGAUUUGACAGCUGAGAGUCACUCCGUUCCUAUGAAUGAUGGGAACAGCAUACCUUUGAUUGGACUGGGAACAUAUGGAGAUCCCCGCACAACUCCUAAAGGAACUGCAUACGAGUCGGUGAAAGUGGCUAUUGAAACAGGGUACAGACACAUUGAUGGGGCUUUGGUUUAUUUCAACGAACAUGAAGUGGGACAAGCUAUAAGGGAGAAAAUUGCAGAUGGGACUGUGAAAAGAGAGGACAUCUUCUACUGCGGAAAGCUGUGGAACACCUUCCAUCCGCCAGAACUGGUACGACCUGCUUUAGAGAAAACCUUGAAAACACUGCAGCUGGAUUAUGUCGACCUCUAUAUUGUAGAAAUGCCCACUGCCUUCAAGCCAGGAGAUACAUUUUACCCGAAGGACGAAAAUGGGAAAUACAUUUAUCAUGAGACGGAUCUCUGUGCUACCUGGGAGGCUUUGGAAUCUUGUAAAGAUGCUGGGCUGGUAAAAUCUCUCGGAGUGUCCAACUUCAACAAGCGUCAACUGGAGUUAAUCCUUAACAAACCUGGACUGAAACACAAACCUGUGUCAAACCAGGUUGAAUGCCAUCCCUAUUUCACUCAGCCAAAGUUGCUUGAGUACUGCCGGCAGAAUGAUAUCGUCAUCGUGGGAUACAGCCCCCUGGGGACAUCUAGAGAUGAGUCCUGGGUAAACCUGACAUGCCCCCCACUGUUGAAAGAUGAGACACUGGUAUCACUCGCUAAAAAGUAUAACAAGACCACAGCCCAGGUGGCCCUGAGGUUCAACGUGCAGAGAGGAGUGGUGGUCAUCCCCAAGAGCUUCAACGCUGUUCGGAUAAAGGAGAACUUCCAGAUAUUUGACUUCUCACUCUCUGAGGCUGACAUGAAGAGCAUUGAGGGGUUGAACAAGAACAUUCGUUUCGUGGAGCUCCUCAUGUGGUCUGAUCACCCUGAGUAUCCAUUUUUUGAUGACUACUAGACCCAGUAGAUAUCAACAAGUCAUUUAAUUUUGAGAAACACUUGUUUUUGUGUGUGUGUUUGUUUUUGAUUUUACAAUGUUUUGUGCCUUAACUUGUAAAUAAUUUUGAUAGCACUGUAAUUGUAAAUUCCAUGAAAUAUUGCUGAUAUAUAAUUCACUGCAAGUUUGAUUAACUUGACUUUUAUAAAGAAGGAAAUCUGAUUAUUUCAAUAAAGUCCCUCAGUUUCAUUUGUUGGAAAUGACUUGUAUUUUAUUUAUUUUUCGUUA